AACUCGUGCGCUUCGGAGUCACGCACACGACGGGCUAACUAAAGCCAUUGACGAGUUCUCUGGCAUAGUUUACCCUAAACAUCAGUGGGUGUAGAUUAUAGCCAUGACAGCUCCUGGCGGGUCUGGAAUUCUUUAGCAGCUACAGCAAGUUGCAAGACUUUGAGCGACGAUGAAGUUCGUUUGCGAACCGAAGUCGUGCCUAUGCUGCAUCGCACCCAAGACAGGUUCACUAAUCCUGGGUUUCGUAGGAGCGAUAUGUUCUAUAUUCGGGAUACUGGCCAUCAUAGCAGUCGCGUUUUCGAAGAAAGGUUUCGCAGUAUGCCAAAACGACAACCUGCAGGAGCGGGAAUACCCUUGCAUGGAAAUUGGUAUGCUUCUCUUAGCAGUUAGCGCCAUCGUAGCCUUCGUCAAUGGAGCCGUCAGUAUUUCACUCAUCUACGGACUAAAUAAGGGCAUAGCGCAUCUCAUGAUCCCUUACGUCAUCCUGAACAGCGCUCAAACGUUCCUCACGGGACUCUUCACGGUUGCCUUAGCUGCCAUUUAUGGAGUCAAUGGCUACUGGGUUCCUUUCGCCCUUGUGUUGAUCGUGGGGACUCUGAUCGUGGCCCUGUGGGUGCAUUUCCUAAUGAUCAUCUAUAUCACAAGGAAAGAGGUAAGGAUGACCAGUUCUGAGGAAGUGGCACCUUCGACCACCGGGUCGGAAUUGUGGAAUAGGUAGUCUAUGGCUUUCCUGUUCGUCCGUAAAACAAUCUUUCAAGGAAAAUAAUGGCUGGAUUAGCACCAGGAAUUGACAGCUAGGAUUAUUCCAAGCGACAGCGUUGACAUGAGCUGCAGUAAACCACUGAAUACCUAAGGAGACGGGCUAAUUUCGCCAGAGACCUGAUAAGGGGAACGCUGUCCAGUGCUACAGUCGUUUGCCAAAUGUCUGAAAGGUGUCCUUUCCUCGGGUCGUUGAUAAAACAAAUAUCAGCAAGUGCUGUGAGCCACAUUGAGUACCAGUUCAUAUACCUCAGAUUAUAACAUUUCUGAAACGUUGAGAUUAACCGCUGGAAAACUGACAAAAGGUAAUUUCUGCUCAUCAGAACGCUCACAAAGAAAGAAAUAGAUAAGCUAUAAUGGCAGCCACUCUACAAGUGGGAUUAGAAAAUUAUGCAGUUUAACACUUCAAACCGAACAAUGCAGCGUAUGGCACUAAUGAGCAACGGCAGAGAACAUAAUGAAAAAUGUUAUGGUAAUAAAAUUUUUCACUAUGUUCUCUGCCAUUACUCAUCAGUGCCACAUUCCAUGCAUUUCUACGAACCUGGAUGAGAAUAUAAGUGGAAAUCCUUCAGAAAAAAUAAAUUGUAACCAAGAAAAUGAUAAAAAAAAAGAAAAUAAUGACAAUCCAAAGGGCAGAUGUUUAGUGAUCAAAAGUACAGUACAAUGACUUUUCUCUGAUUUCCCUGAUAGUUACCUAUCAUUGCCACUUAAUGGAUGUUUUUAUUUUGACCUCGACAUCAAAAAAUUAAGUUGAGAAUACAAUUGUUCAAGGUUCACUAGGAAUAAUUCAGCGUCUAUAUUUUCAAUAAAGCAUCUAUAAUAUUGCACCUGCGAUUUCAAUGUGUUCACUAUGUAAUGCACUAAAAGAAGGGAAAUUAACUCGUUUGUGAAUGUAACUCGUGUCUCAUAAGUGUUGCUCUUGUUCGAAUAUUCCAUCUGAUGUUGACGAAUCGUUCCUCUUUCUAGCAGAUCUUGUUGUCGUUCCAGUCCUUUUCAUGAUUUCGUCAGUGUCCAAUGGUGUGAUUAUGUCUGUCUCUGGAUCUUACAAUUAUCAAGUUCAAAACGAUCUGUGAUACUGUCCUUUUUGGCACGUGUUCAUGUCUUAACAGCCUCUGCCAGAAACGUAUUAAAAAAAAUGAAAUAAAUUUG